AUGACAAGACUUGGUGGAGGAAAGUGGCGGAAGAGCUGGGCUGUGGCGUUGUUGUAUCUCGUCGGUUGGUGUGGGAGAGUCCAGGCGUUUGCUCUGCCGCCACUUGGGAAGGUCUCCAUCCAAGCUGACUCAUCGUCCACCACCACUACUACUACCAGUACCACUACCAGUACUUUGAGAAGAAACCAUCAUGUCGGCACCGUCUUCAUGGCAACAACAACAAGUACCAGUAGUGACGAUGAUGUGAUUGGCAGCGUGGCAAUCCUGCUUCCCUCCGAAGGUGCCGCCGAUAGUGUGCUUUCUCGAUUUGGUGACAAGUCUCCCGUGGGGUGUCCUCCCGUGUGGGAUGCGGCGGAACAAUUGGCUCGCAAGACGACCCACUUUUCGCUCGACAAGAUCACCACCGAACUGAUCUUGGCGCCAAACAUUAAUAACAAUAGUGAUGAUAUAGCAUUACAAAAGAGACUGCAAGAAGAAUUUGACGUGGUGAUUGCCAUGGGGCUCCGAUCCGACCAGGACCUGCAAUUUGCGCAACGCGUAUUCGACAAUCGACGACGAAACAGAAUGGAACGACGGAAUCACCAAGCUCACUUUGGCAUCGAUUGUACUGGUAGUGCCAAAACAUCACGGCUGACACCCAUGGUGGGACCACAUCACCAAGAGGAUUUGUCACCCCUGAAAUGGCUGCCCUGGACGACGGUCGCAUCCGCGCAGCGCAUGCAGGAACAAAUGCAGGGACUCUUUGCGCGAUGGACUACGGACGAUUAUGCCGUGGCCAUUAUGCUAUUUUUCAAUCAAUUCGGAGCACACGAACAACCCAUUGAUUGGGUCAAACAUUCCAUUGAUGCCACAUGGGAAAAGGGACCCAUCCAGAAUGCACAAGAACUCGCCGCCAUGGCAUCCAAAUGUGGAGACUGUGUCGUCCAAUGCGUACAGGAUGAAAAAUGCAAAGAAUGCUUGGAUCGAUUGACCGAAAUUGAUACGCGCGACCAAGUGGCAAGUUACAGAACCAUUGUUUCGUAUGAAUCGGAGCUGCUUCGAGAUUUCAGCUUUUGUAUCCUACAAAAGAACAACAUCUUCAAUUGUGAUGCAGACAUUCCAUCGUUGCCCAAGGUGGCACCCAUUACAACCUGGAGAGGGAAACCAUUGACGAAACAAGACGGACAAGCCAUCUUGAUUGGACACUUGGACGAUGAAGAUGCACCGACUGGUGGCCAACGGCUCGACGUGUCUUGGGUAGUCGCGUGUGGAGCCAACGUCGCAUAUGAUCAGUUCCCAUCCCAAAACCAGAUCUUUUACAAAGGCAUCAGUGGAAAGGACAUGUGGUAUGAUCCAGUAUUCCGUGUGGAAUGUAUAGAUGGAAGGAACGUGUGGUGCAAGCGCCAUUACAAAGUUCGGGAUGGACCCACCCCUGGGACGUUUUACUUUUCGGUCUUGGACAAUGGCAUCACAAGCAAUGAAUUCUGGACGAUUGCCGGAGUUGCGGACGACCUGUCUUGGAUCGUGUUCCACUACGCAGGCGCAGCAAGUGCGGUGGGACAGCAAUACCUGGGAGGUUUGGUUUGCACUCCCGACGGCAAGUUGCCGCCAGAAUCAGCUCAGCCAGAGAUUUGGGCCGCACUCGAUUGUGCUGGGAUUGCUCCCUGGGACUUGUACGUGGUCAAUAAUGACUUGACGACUACUGGAGCUAUUGAGGCGGGCCCUCCUCCACUGGACUUUUUCCGGCGUGAUGUACUCGCGGCCAAGGAAAAGAAGAAAGCUGAGACCGUUCAGCAACAAUAG